UGGACUACACGACACCGGAAGCUGUUUCAACAACACGGAUGCUGACUCAUUCAACCACCUCCGUAGCCUGGUAUCCAACAUACAACCGAAAACAUUGAAGCUCUUUGGACCAUUUUUGAUUUCGGUGUUUUUAACACAAUCCUCUUUACGUAUCUACUAUUUAACUUAAACGUAACUUGUUUGCUCAAUUUACACAUUUGUUGAUUAUACUGAACCUAAGCUAAUCGUCAAUGCUAGCUAGCCCACCAUGAGCUCUCCAAGCUACUCUCCUCCUGCUAAAGAAGAGGUCUGCUGGACGGAGAAAGAGGGCCUGUGGCUGAACGUUGUCGUGAAAGAAGAGGGGGAAGAGGAGGAUGUUUCCGUAAAAGGAGAGGAAGAUGCUUUCAGAAUGAAAGAGGAGGAAGAGGAGGCUAUCAGUAUCACGUUUAAAGAAGAGGAAGAACCUUUUGGAGUGGGAGAGGAGGCUAUCUCAAUAAAAGAGGAGGAGGAAGACGUUUGGAGAGAUGAAGAGGGAGAGGAAGAGGAGACUGAAGAUCUGAUUAACACCAGAGAGACACCAGACUCUCACGAUGACAGCGGGAAGAGUUCUUCAGGGAAACCAGACCCGGCGACACCCAAACCAACGAGACGACAUCAAUGCUCCCACUGUGGAAAGAGUUUUCCCUGGUUAAGGGCCCUGAAGCAGCAUAAGAAAAAACACUCUGGAGAGAAGCCUUAUCGCUGUUCUCAAUGUGGAAUGACUUUUACCUGGGCAGGAAGCCUAUGGGGGCAUAAGAGAAUACACUCUGGAGAGAAGCCUUACCACUGCUCCCACUGUGGAAAGAGUUUUAGGAAGUUAGGUGACCUGAAGGCGCAUGAGAGGACACACACAGGAGAAAAGCCCUACCAAUGUUCCCAGUGUGGAAAGAGUUUUAGCCAUUCAGGGAGCCUUAAAGACCAUGAGAGGAGACACAGACAAGAAAAACCCUACCAAUGCUCCCUGUGUGGAAAGAGUUUUAUCACGUUAGGGAACCUAAAACAGCAUAAAAGGACACACACAGGAGAAAAGCCCUACCAAUGCUCCCAGUGUGGAAAGAGUUUUAGCCAUUCAGGGAGCCUUAAAGACCAUGAGAGGAGACACAGACAAGAAAAACCCUACCAAUGCUCCCUGUGUGGAAAGAGUUUUAUCAAGUUAGGGGCCCUGAAUCGGCAUGAGAGGACACACACAGGAGGGGAUAAGACGUACCACUGCUCCCUGUGUGAAAAGAGUUUUAACCGGUUAAGACAUCUGAAUAAGCAUGAAAGAAUACAUACACAGGAGGAGAAGACAUACCGCUGCUCACUGUGUGGAAAGACAUUUUCCCAGUCAGAGGACCUGAAAGCACAUGAGAGAAUAGAGAGGCUGUGUUCUGACUUGUGCUUUUGACUGAGAAUUUGUGUUUUUGUUCAUGCCACAUUAAAUCAUAUUGUUUAUGAUUAAACCUGUCUAUAUAAUGCAUAACUGUACUAUAACACACACAGGAGAAGAAGACCUUCCACUGUUCUCAUUGCCUUUGACUGAGAAUUCGUUUUUUUUGUUUUUGAACCCACUGAUAGGUUUGGAUUUCUAAACGUUAAAUAGUGUUAAUCAUCAGUUAUACUAGAGACAUAAGGGGUGCCAUAGUCUGGUUUCUACAACAGAAGUGAAUGGUUAUGUGUAGGAGGAAUGUAUAUGGUGGAUUCAGUUAAGUUUGGAAUGUAUUGAGUGAAGGGAGGACGAUCACAUGUUGGCAGGCACUGAUCAGGGUGGCAAACCUGGUCAAGAACUACAGGAAACGUAUGAUCUCUGUAAUUGCAAACAAAGGUUUCUGUACCAAAUAUUAAGUUCUGCUUUUCUGAUGUAUCAAAUACUUAUGUCAUGCAAUAAAAUGCAAAUUAAUUACUUAAAAAUCAUACAAUGUGAUUUUCUGGAUUCUUGUAUUAGAUUCCGUCUCUCACAGUUGAAGUGUACCUAUGAUAAAAAUUACAGACCUCUACAUGCUUUGUAAGUAGGAAAACCUGCAUAAUCGGCAGUGUGUCAAAUACUUGUUCUCCCCACUGUAUAUAGCUAGUGGCUCAUUUGAAUAGCAUUUGAAUAACUGUUUGUUUGAUUGAUUGUGUAGUAGAUGUAAAGUUUGUUUUAAAUGAAUUAAAAAACGAAUAAAUUAACAUAUGUUUCAAAUGAAAUGAACAAUAAAUAAAAUAUUUUCUUCAAGUGCGUUA